AUGUAUCCUAGCCACCGUCGAUCAAGAACAAUGUACAACACUGUACCUGAAAGUGCAGGUUACUCGGAUGUCCUCCAGCCUCAAAACAUGGGAGGCCUUACUGGCGUUUCUAACGGCGCCGCAUCGAAUUCUGAACUCUCCGACCUUCAACAGUGGGACCUAAUGUGCCCUCGAGAUCAGCGCAGCUUCUUAGCCCCGGAAAAUUGCCCUUCGACACGACGAGGAUCGCUAGGAGCAGACACAUUCGGCUCCCCAUACGCAUGGUCCACAAUCUCUAAUACAGAUAUCCUCUCCACCUCUUCACACAUGUCCUUUGAAGCUUCUACCAGUUCCGAGGCCAACACAUCCUUCAUGCAGGCGUAUGAUGCCUCGGUCGCCUUGCCAGCCACGACCAAUACCUCAAAUAUGUCGGGAUAUGAUCCCCAGCAAAUCGGCAAAUGGUGCAUUGACAGCACCCCCACAGGGGAAUUCUACCAGUCCCAUUCGUACCCAAAUAGGGGUCCUAUGGUCCCAACAGAGCCCUAUUUUGCCUUUGACGUGAACGCCAAUGAGCAAUGGCUUCCUACAGCCCCAACCUCCGCUCCACUUCCCGAUCCGAUCCCAGAAUCCUUGUUCUCAGCCCCACGCUCAUCCCAAAACACCAACCCAUACACAUCUACAGCAACGACGGUGUCAAUAUCCUCUUCACCACCCCGCUCCUUCUCAGACUCAGACUCCCCUCCACCUCCCAGCUCUGCCUCCAACGCAAGCGACUUGAGAAACUAUGGUAUCCCGACAGGUGAUGGGCUUUGGCGCUGCGCCCACCCAGGAUGCUCUUCACAACUCCUCUUCAAACGAGGCUGUGAUUUGAGAAAGCAUUUUAACCGCCACCGGAAGUAUCUCUUCUGUCGUUAUGAGAAGUGUCCUCAGUCCACACAGAAUGGGUUCAGCAGCAAGAAGGAUCGUGCUCGCCAUGAAGCGAAGCAUAAUCCUGGGGUACUUUGUGAAUGGGAAGGCUGUGGAAAGGUGUUUAGUCGGGUCGACAACAUGAAGGAUCAUGUUAGGCGAAUCCAUAGGAAGGCAGGAACUGCAAAGGGUUGA